CUUCACUGGACCCACCGUAUUUUCAUCCGGCACUCAAUUUUUGCUGUAUAACCGAUACACCUCGUAGAUACGGUUCAAAUGUGACUAUAAAUAUUUCCCACAACUUUCGAUCAUGGUCUCGCUUGCUUCUAUGGAGAGAGCAACUGGCGUCAUCGCCCCUGCCGUUGGGGGCAGCCUAAAGCGCAAACAAAUCGAUUCCGCCGACGUCGACAGCCCUCUCCCGUCCUCGCAAUACAAACGCCGUAGAGUUACGUUCGACCCCUCUGUCGAUGUCCAUAUACUGCCCGAUGCAAAUGAGAAAAGCCUUGAACUCGUCGUGGAAGAGGUACGACGUGCUCUUGAGAAGCACGCCGACAAGUUGCAUCCCGACAAUGGACCCUACGAUGAGAUACGCAGUCUCCUACUCGCAAAACCUACGUCAGCCGGCGCACCUCUUACCUCCCUCCUCUACAAAUACAUCGUCGCCUUGAGCAAUCACGUUCCCCUCCUUAACCACGAAUGCUCCGGCAUGGUCCACGCCAUAGUCGACUCCUACUGGGUAGCUCGCAACGAACAAUAUGUCAGAUCGUACCGACACUUGCUCAGCUCAUUGCUAUCUGUUCACCCUGGAUACACAUCCUCGGUGCUUACAAUGCUCGUGAGCAUGCUUGCUACCUCUCCAUCCCCGGCGAUCCGACAACAAGACGACCCAGCUGUGCCGCGGCCAUGGCUCGAAUCCCGCAUCCACGACUGCCUGAGAUAUCUCCUUCGACAGAACCCGAUGAUGAGCACAAUGCUCGGACCUAUCCUCACCUCCGUUUUCCCUUCCUCGAGCGACACGACGAAAGCACAUACACAGUACAUUGGCAAUAUCCUCAAAGUUGCGGGGUACUGCCCCGAACUCAAGGGCUCAAUCACGUCGUUGAUCAUGGAUAAGCUCGUUAAGAUCGAUGCUCAGAUUCAAGUUGAUCUGGAAGAGUUCGAGGACGACAUUGAGGAUCUGCUUGAGGACGACGCGGCUGACGACGAUGACGAAGACAGCGAUGAGGAUUCGGACUCUAGCACUGAAACCUUGGAUCCCGAGGAACGUCGCGCCAAGGAGGUGAAGGAGUCUAUUCUCAAGUUGGAUGCCGUUAUGGAUCUUCUGUUCUCGCACUAUGACAGCGUCUUUGCUAAGGGCGAUUUGUUCGAUAUGGACGAGACAUUCGAGAGUCUCCUGUCCCAGUUUGCAAGCAUCAUCCUCCCUACACACCGAUCCCGACACGCUCAAUUCCUUCUCUUCCACUUCAGCCAGUUGUCCAAUGAUUUCAUGGAGCGGUAUGCCGGUUGCUGCUCGCAUCUUGCUUUCGAAAAAGGUCAACCGCGAAUCUUUCAGGUUGCGUCCUCGGCAUAUUUGGCCUCGUACAUUGCUCGCGGUGCUCACGUUUCUGGAGCUGUCGUCCGCGAUGUCUUCGAUCUGCUCUGCCAUCGCCUUGAGAGCCUUCGAGCUGAGCAAGAGUCGCUCUGCAAGAUCCCCGACCUCAGUCGCUUCGGUACCUAUUAUGCUAUCGCUCAGGCCCUCAUCUACACAUUCUGCUUUCGCUGGCGUGACCUCAUUGUCACGAAAGACGGCAAUCCACCCACGGACGAAGAAGUCAUGUACCAUGAAGGAGACUUCCGCUGGCACAACGAUAUUCAGGACAUCCUUCGCCGAAACAUCUUCUCCAAGCUGAACCCUCUCAAGAUCUGCGCUCCCGAUAUUGUCUCGCAGUUCGCACGCAUGGCACAUCAUCUCCGCUUCCUCUACGUUUUCCCUCUUCUAGAGACGAACAAGCGUAUCAGAUUGGCCAGGAAUAUGGGCGGAAGCUACAUGGAGGGCGUAGCCGCCAGAGAAACUGCAUUAUCCAUGAAGAUGGGUGAGCAGAGCUUCCUGCUUGAUGCAUACUUCCCCUUCGAUCCGUAUCUCCUACCACGUAGUAGAAGGUGGAUAGAGCAGGACUACGUUGAGUGGAAGCCCGUCCCAGGCAUGGAGCCCGUCCAAGAGCUAGACGACGAGGAAGACAAUGAGGAUGAUGAAGACGACGACAAUGCCAGCGACAGCGAGUCCAGCUCUGACGACACUGCCGACGACGACGAAGAAGAACAAGAAGAGCAGCCGGAGGUCGCUGAGAGCACUGCUUCCGAUCCGAGCAUCUAAUGCCUCUCUCACCUAACCUCAACCUCCUCCUCCCACUUAGCACAAUUCCUUACUCUACCUUACCUCCACCUCUCCUUUCUCUGUUCACGACACCCCACACCUCUUCCCUUAUUUCCAGGCGCAACUUGACAUGUACAUGGCGGCCACAGCGAAUUCAAAUCAUGCAUAUACUUCCCGGGACGAUUA